AUGAAUGGAUCGUUUUUCAACCAGACUCUCCUAGAGCAGGGAGCUUACCCCAACAGGACCCAGGGUUUGGGGAUGCUCAUGGCCUGCUGCAACGGGACCGGCGCAGUGCUGGCGACCGAAAGCUCCUCGGUCCUGGCACCUGAUGAGAGGAGCCUUUACAUCACACGGGUGGUGCAGAUCGCUGUCCUCUGUGUCCUCUCCUUGACUGUGAUGUUUGGCAUCUUCUUUUUGGGCUGCAACUUGCUUAUCAAGUCCGAGAGCAUGAUUAACUUUUUGGUGAAGGACCGAAGACCUUCCAAGGAUGUGGGAGCUGCAAUCAUGGGACUUUACUGA